UAUAUUAUUCAUUAAUUGAUUUCACAAUUUCAGAUUACAAGAAGAUGUAAUACAGAAGUACUUUUUAAUCAACAUUUCAAGGUUUAGUGUCCCAAGAUGACUGAAAGAUGGAGAGAGGAGAGGGAGGAUGAGCAAACCUUGGUAGGAAGAGAGGAGGAUAAAUCUACCAGUAGAUACAGCUUUGAGUUUCCAAGUAUAACAGAAUGGUGGCAGAACCUGAACAAGCAGAGUGCAAUCUCUGUUCUUGUACUUGUGUACGUGAACCUGAUAAACUACAUGGAUCGGUCCACUGUGGCGGGUAUGCUAGAAGAGAUUAAACGGGACAAGGACUUCGAUAUAAAGAAGGACAAGUACCUCGGCCUACUCCAGACAGUGUUCGUGUUCUGCUACCUACUCUUCGCCCCUAUCUUUGGGUAUCUGGGGGAUCGAUACUCCAGAAAAUGGAUUCUGGGGAUCGGAAUAGGAUUCUGGAGUUUAUCCACACUGAUUGGCUCUUUCAUGAAAUCCUUCCCUGCCUUCCUUGUAUUCCGAGCUCUAGUAGGAGUAGGAGAAGCGUCCUACUCAACUGUUGCUCCGGCAAUCAUAUCCGAUCUAUUUGCUAAGGAUGAUAGAUCUAGCGUGUUGGCUCUCUUCUACUUUGCUAUUCCUGUUGGAACAGGUUUAGGAUAUAUUGUUGGAUCAGAGGUAUCCGGAGCAUUCGGAGAUUGGAGGUGGGGGUUGCGAGUAACUCCAAUAAUGGGCGCUAUCGCCGUAUUUAUGAUAAUAUUCUUCAUGACGGAUCCUCCCCGAGGUAAAGCGGACGGAUCACACCUUAAACCAACCAGUCCUGUCAGUGAUGUCCGAGCUCUGGGUCGGAAUAAGAGUUUUGUUCUCUCUACCAUUGCUUUUACCUGUGUGACCUACUGCGCUGGUGCCAUGAUGUGGUGGGGACCUAACUUCGCAUACGCAGGAGCUAAAUCAGCAUGUGGGAACAAGGCUGGGUGUAGCGCUAUAACCCUGGAGUCUAUCAGCUACAAGUUUGGUAUUGUAAUGACCCUUUCCGGACUUCUGGGUGUUCCGGUCGGAUCAUAUGCUUCACAAAUGCUUAGACAUCAGUUUCCCAAUGCGGAUCCCCUGGUUUGUGGAUUUACUCUUCUCAGCUCUGUUCCUGUUCUUUUCUUUGGUUUCUUUUCAGCUGACUAUUCGCUUCCAGUCUGCUAUGCGCUAACUUUCUUUGCAGGGUUGCUACUGAACGCAAACUGGAGUAUUGUAAGUGAUAUGACCCUGUAUAUAGUCAUUCCUCCCAGACGAUCGAUUGCAUCCGCUACACAGAUACUGGUUUCUCAUCUUUUUGGUGACGCAAUAUCUCCGUACUUGGUGGGAGCCAUGGCUGACGCAUUUAAACCCUAUCUGCGUAACGCUAGUGGAACUCCUUCUGGGUUCACGGAUUCGUACUCAAUGACCCCUGAGGAGUACGGAGUAGAGUUUAAAGCUCUUCAGUAUUCUCUCUUCUCCUGCUGCUUUGCUCAGGCAUUGGGUGCUCUGUUUUUCAUGAUAAUGUCCUGGUAUAUUCUUGAUGAUAAGAAUGCCGCUGAGCGACAGAUACACUCCAACCAAACCAUACCAGAGGAUGAGGAGGGAGGGGAGGAGGAGGAGGGAGGAGGACCUAUAUUCCGAGGAGCAAGAGAGGAUGUCCUCGCGACGGAGGAAUAAUAAUUCGAUCUGAUUUAAGUUUGUAAAACUGUUUUACAAGAUAUUUUACGACCAGGCUCGGUGUUCUGCCGAACUUGCGUACAAAUGAGUUGAAUUCUGCAUAAAAUUAAACUUAAUAUGACUCCCCUGUUGUAUACCCUUGCCAUAAUCUAAACUUAAUCGAAUAAUUGAUUUAAAAUAAAUAUUUGAUUUAUUGAAAUUUUAUAAAUAUAACAUAUACGUCUUG